UCACCGGUCAGCGUGUGUGUGUCCGUCAGUCUGGUGACCUACUCGGUUCGUCGUUUGGAUCUCCCACUGUUAAUUCAUAUCUGUCAGCAUGUACCGCUGUCUCGGCCUGGCUCGGUUCGUCCUCGGUUCCGCUCACAGGACCAACUUACGGUUAAUGCCUUGUGCUCGAGGACUGAGCAGUCUAAAUGUCUCGGGAGACCUUCAAGUUAGACAGCAGGAGAGGUGGAGCAGCCGGUCCAUUGUGUGGAGGUCUCAGUGGUCCUCUCUGAACUUCAGCCAGCAGUCUCACUACAGUACCCAGGAAGUGGAAAAGGAGCCAGAGGAGGAACUUCUACACACAAUCAUCAGUGAUACGGAGUCUGUGCAAGGUAGCUCCUUUAAACAUGAAUUUCAGGCUGAAACAAAGAAACUUCUGGACAUUGUUACCAGGUCUUUGUACUCAGAGAAAGAGGUUUUCAUCAGGGAGCUGAUCUCUAACGGGAGUGACGCCCUGGAAAAGCUGCGGCACAAAAGGAUCACAGCCGGCGGGGAAACAGCUCCAAUGGAAAUCCACUUGCAGACUGAUGGUGCUAAAGGAACAUUUACAAUUCAGGAUACAGGGGUUGGUAUGAACGAAGAGGAGCUGGUGGCCAACCUGGGUACCAUCGCCCGCUCUGGAUCCAAGGCGUUUCUAGAUGCCCUGCAGAACCAGGCAGAGGCUAGCAGCACCAUUAUUGGUCAGUUUGGUGUAGGUUUCUACUCCGCCUUCAUGGUGGCUGACCGUGUGGAUGUCUUCUCCCGCUCUGCAGAGCCGGACGCCCCUGGAUACAAGUGGUCCUCUGAUGGCUCUGGAGUGUUUGAGAUCGCUGAAGCCAGCGGUGUUCAGCAGGGAACCAAAAUCGUGCUGCACCUCAAAGACGACUGUAAGGAGUUUUCCUCUGAGGACAGAGUUAAAGAGGUUGUGACAAAGUACAGCAACUUUGUAAGUUUUCCCAUCUUCCUGAAUGGACGGAGGCUCAACACUCUGCAGGCCUUGUGGAUGAUGGAGCCUAAAGAAAUCAGUGACUGGCAGCACGAGGAGUUCAACCGCUACAUUGCCCAGGCCUACGACAGGCCACGCUACACGCUGCACUACCAUGCAGACGCCCCGCUCAACAUCCGCAGUAUCUUUUACGUCCCUGAUGCGAAACCGAGCAUGUUUGACGUGAGCAGAGAGAUGGGGUCCAGCGUGGCUCUGUACAGCAGGAAGGUCCUGAUCCAGACCAAAGCCACAGACAUCCUGCCCAAGUGGCUGCGCUUCCUACGAGGUGUGGUGGACAGCGAAGAUAUCCCUCUGAACCUGAGUAGAGAACUGCUGCAGGAGAGCGCCCUCAUCAGAAAGCUUCGAAACGUUCUGCAGCAGCGAGUGAUCCGCUUCCUGCUGGACCAAAGCAAGAAGGACCCGGAGAAGUACAACAAGUUCUUUGAGGACUACGGGCUCUUCAUGAGGGAGGGCAUUGUUACCACCCAGGAACAGGAUGUAAAGGAGGACAUCGCAAAACUGCUGAGGUUUGAGUCGUCAGCUCUGCCGGCCAGCCAGCAGACUAACCUGAUGGAGUAUGGAUCCCGCAUGAAGGCCGGCACACGCAACAUCAACUACCUGUGUGCCCCUAACCGCCAUCUGGCAGAGCAUUCGCCUUAUUUUGAGGCCAUGAAGAAGAAAGACAUGGAGGUCCUGUUCUGCUAUGAGCAGUUUGACGAGCUGACCCUGCUUCAUCUCAGGGAGUUUGACAAGAAGAAGCUGAUCUCAGUUGAGACAGACAUUGUGGUGAAUCACUACAAGGAGGAGAAGUUUGAGGACAGCAAGCCAGCAUCUGAGCGGCUGACGCAGGAGCAGGCGGAUGACCUGAUGGCCUGGAUGAAGAACGCUUUGGGUCCCAGAGUCACCAACAUAAAGCUGACUCCUCGGCUCGAUACUCACCUCGCCAUGAUCACGGUGCUGGAAAUGGGCGCAGCCCGCCACUUCCUUCAAACCCAGCAGCUCGCCCGCACUGCCGAGGAGAGGGCCCAGAUCCUGCGGCCUACUCUGGAGAUCAACGCAGGACAUGAUCUGAUCAAGAAGCUGUAUGCGCUGAAGGACACGAACUUGGACCUGGCUGGAUUGUUACUGGAGCAGAUCUACGACAACGCCAUGAUUGCAGCCGGCUUGAACGAUGACCCACGGCCCAUGAUUUCCCGCCUCAAUGAGCUCCUGGCCAAAGCUUUGGAGAAGCACUGACAUCUCAGACUGAUUUCAGAUUGGACAUUAGUGGCCUGCAGCAUGAAGGUUGAGGGAGACAAGAGUAUCUGUCUUGUUUGGAAGAACAAUACAAACUGUUUGAGUGCUUUGUUGCUGCAGAAGUUGGCGUUUGAGAGGUUUGAAGACAAACUUCCUGAUUUAUUUUUAAUGGACUCCCAUUCCUUUAAUGUCUGGGUGUUUGAAAGUUGUUCUAAGUCUCCAAACAUUUCAAAAUCCUGAAAAACAACUGCAUAUAGGAUUAUGGAGGGAUGGUACCCGAGCUGUUUCUGUUAUUUAAGUGGAAAAUACAAACUCAGUGAAAUAACAAAAAAGUAAACCCAGA